AACGUGCUGAGGGAUGCGGUGCCCCGCUCUGCCCACGCACUUUACAGUCUGCGACCAUGUCAAGCGAUGGCUUGGGGCAACGGCCGUCUGUAUCACCGCUUCUUCGCGGUGCGCCUCGACUGUCAGUCGUACUGCCACGGCCGCCCACGGCACCUGCGAUGCUGUUUGUGCACUUCAACAACAUGACAACCCAUGAAGAGAUGCUUAACUCGAUGCUUCACCAAGCGCUAGCAUCGGUACUUGAAGCGGAAAAUGGACUGUCCAACGCCCUCCACGACCUCUUCAUGGCCAGCAUGAACUUGGGCCUCGACAACAUGUAUGGCGGCACACACUCAACCUCCCCGAAAACUAGUUCGACCUUCCUCAACACGCUCCAAGACCACUGGUGGUCGCAGCUCCCAUCAAGUGAUACUUGCAACUCGGACUGCCCCAUUUGCCUUUCCGACUUUGCUGCUUCGGACCUUGUCAUCAACCUCCCGUGCCACCAUACCUUCCAUUCCACCUGUGGGUUACCGUGGCUGCAGGAACACAAUGUGUGCCCAACAUGCCGCUUUCAGCUACCCACGGACGACGUGCAAUCCACACCAAAACAAACCUCAGUAGCACGUCCUGGGUCAUCGAUGCUUGAAGCUCUGCCUACAGAACCGGACGAGGCCCGCGCCCCAGAGCCAGUGUCACGGCUUCCGGGAACGACGAACGAUGACACCCCCAGCACGGACUCCUUGUUGGACGACGAAGCCAACGCACUUGUGGCGGACAAUGACAUGGAAAACCUGGUCGACGAAAUCCUGGAUGAAGUCAUGGAAGUCGAAGCCACGAGUGUGGUGCAACAAGUCCAGCGACAGCGCCAGCGUUUGCUCGAACUGGAUCGCAUUCUAGACGAAGUGAUUCGAAACGAUACGGUCGAAUGAAUAGAUAGACUUAGGACCUUGCAAUAACGCAUCACUAGACUUUUCAACUCGACACUCGGUUCGUUGGUCC